CGGCAGCACUACCAUUUUUUUAUGUGUACACAUUGGCGGCCAAGGAUUUUUCAUAAAAAUAAACACUUUUUGUAUAAACUGACUUUCCGCACGUCUUAAAUUAAGUUAAUCGCAUGGCUAACAGCUACGACAUACCCAGUUGGGCCGGAAAACCGCCCACUGGCUUGCAUCUGGAUGUGCUGAAGGACGACAAACUGGUUCAAAAACUGAUGGUGGAUGAGAAAAGGUGCUAUCUAUUUGGUCGCAACAGCCAGAUGAACGACUUCUGCAUAGACCACGCUUCCUGUUCGCGGGUGCACUCGGCAUUCGUUUACCACAAGCACCUGAACAUAGCCUACCUCGUGGAUCUGGGGUCCACCCACGGCACCUUCAUUGGAACCCUCAGACUGGAGCCGCACAAGCCCACCCAGCUGCAGAUCAACAGCACCUUCCACUUUGGGGCUUCUACCCGGAACUACAUACUCAGGGAACGACCCUCUGGUCACCACAGCAACAUCAUGGAAGACCUGCCGCUUAGUGAAACUAGUGAUGGAGCUCUCCUGGGCCUACCCGAAAGCCAAACGGAGCUUGAUAAUCUCACAGAAUACAACACGGCCCACAAUCGGCGCAUCUCAAUGCUGGGCAUCGAUGAUGAUACCAAUAUGCGAAAGCAAAACGCCUUGAAACAGGGACGUCGCACCAGAAAUGUCACAUUUAACGACGAGGAGAUUGUCAUCAAUCCUGAGGAUGUGGAUCCCAAUGUGGGACGCUUCAGGAACUUGGUACAAACUACAGUGGUACCCGCCAAGAGGGCUCGCUACGACGUCAACCAUAUGGGCAUCCAUUCGGGUAACAGCAGUCUGUCCAGUGCCAAUGCCGCCCAUGUGCACCAGAUGUUCCAGCAGAGCCUGGUUGACAUGAAGCACCAGCAGCAGCAGCACAGGGAAAUGCCUCCGCCCAACGCGGUGCUCCACUCGCCUACUAAUUCCCUAUACCAAGGACUCCCGGCGGAAACGCACGGCAAGGGGGACCUAGAACCCAUCUCUCCAUUGACCAUUGGGUCCAAGCUGGGCCUACUGCUGCCGAAUCCCGCGCCUGAAGUGCUGCCAGUCUAUGAUGAGGUUGUGGAGCCCUCCUCGACCCUGGCUCAAAAGUUGGCCGUCGCUAAUGCAAACGUUCGUCGCUAUGGAGAGGAUCCGCAUGACUCCAGUGGCGAAGGCGAUGCUCUGUGCCCACAGAAAAAGAAAUACGCCAAGGAGGCAUGGCCAGGUCGCAAGCCCAUGCUUGGGCAGCUGUAAAGGCUUACUAACUAACUCGGGACAUGGCGGGCCACCAAUAAUUAUGUUCGUAGCAAAAUAAUUAAGACACCACCUACGAACUCCUCAAGCUUAUGAUUGAAAAUACACUCUAGAGUAAUAUUUGUUUAUUACACUUUCAACAAGAUUAAACCAAAACAUUUUA